UAUAACCGUGAUCAGUUUAUUAAUCUCUCACCAAACUUUUCUUGUGAGAGACGAUGGAGACUUUUCUAGGUUCAAUGCUUAGGCUACUAUUUUAGUCUCCUAUGAAAUAGCAUAAGUUGAAGUUACUAGUAGUUACCCAAUUAUAGUUUACCAAAUUGGUUUGAUUAUUUGAAUUUGACAAAGAAAAAUCUUGUUUCCGAUUAGCAAAUGUACAAGUUUUAUGAGUUUUCUAGAUUAUGUGUUCGGCUCAACUAAGUGUAGUCAUUUCUCAAAGACCAGUGCUUACCUCAUCUGAGAGUGAACUCUAGAUGCUCUUUAUCCGACCCUUCGUUGGCGUGCUGAUAUCCUAGAAGGGUGUUUUUCAUUGACCAUAAAAUGCCUUUUACUUUCACCGUCCCCACAUAUCCCUCUAAAGUCCAUGACGGCAACUCUGCAAGCCAUUGUCAUUAACCUUGGCCGUCCAUCUGGGAUAUUUGACCUUUCAGAGUCUUCUUUUUGACUGGUCUUCAUCGUUCAUCCCUGAAACUUUAUUGUUCAUCGACAUAUAUAGGGUAGGGGGACAGGUAUCUUGGCAUAGCAAAAAUCAAGAAUGGCAGGAGAGUGUGUUCAGUUCCUCGGAUUCUGGGCAAGUCCUUCUGCCCUCAGAGUUGUGUGGGCUCUGAAACUGAAAGGAAUAGACUAUGAGCACAUUGAGGAGGAUCUUCUCAACAAGAGUCCUUUGCUCCUGAAGUAUAAUCCUGUUCAUAAGAAGGUUCCAGUCCUCGUGCAUAAUGGUAAACCUGUGGCAGAAUCAUUAAUCAUUGUUGAAUAUAUUGACGAGGUUUGGAAGCAGAAUCCUCUCUUACCUCAGGAUCCCUAUGAAAGGGCCAAGGCUCGCUUCUGGGUGAAAUUUGCUGAUGAAAAGGUAGUGCCAGAUAUGGUGAGCACAUUCAUGAAAACUGGGGAGGAGAAAGAGAAAGCAGCAAAAGCAGCUCGAGAGUGUCUGAAGACUCUAGAGAGUGGCUUAGAGGAGGGGAAGCAAUUCUUUGGAGGUGAAGCAAUAGGCUUUGUGGACAUCGCCGUAGGCUGGAUUGGAAUCUGGGCUCGAAUAGUUGAAAAGCUCAAGGAUGUCAGCUUAGUUGACGAAGAGACCAUGCCACUGCUCCAUGCCUGGCUUCAAAAUUUUCUUGAAGUUCCUAUCAUCAAAGAAUGCAUACCUCCUUGGGAUAAGCUGCUGCAGCACAACAAAGGUUACCUUGUGAAAUUAACGCCCGACUCAACAUGAAGUCCUUGACGACAUUAUAGAAGUGAACUUUGUUCCGCCUGCAUGUCUUUUAUGCGUUAGUCAUCAUAGAAAAAGAAAAUCAAGAGAUCUGUACGAUGUCUGGUUUGGUACCCAUGCAUGUCCUUUGCACUUGUGUUAUGAAUAUUUGUUUUUCUAUGAGAUCUGAAAAUUCAAUAAAGGACAAGAGUCGCU